CGACUACCUCGUCAAAACCUCCAAAAAAUAUAUACAGAUACACGGCGCAACCAUUACUUGAACCUUACCGCCCUCCAGAACCUAGGCCAUCAAACUUCAGCACAGAUGAGGCACCAGGCACGUCUAACUUGUUCCAUGAGAUAUCGCGGUCUGCACAUCCGAUUCGUCCCCUGCGGCUCUCGCAGAAGACGUCGAUUAGACUCGGGGACACGUGGCCCUGGAAGUCUCGUGUCUGUGUGCCCAGGAACCGUUCCAUUCCCCACACGUGAGGUCUGCUUGCGUCGGAGAUCGCACAGCGCUUGUGUGACUUGAUUGUGUACGAUGACAUCGAAGGAGACGACCGAUACGAUGAAAGAGACGUCGGAGAACCCCACGCCAACUUCUAGCAAGAAAAGCGGCGGCAACGGGGAGGAGACGGACAAGCGCAAGAGGCCCAUGCGCUUCUCCGGCCAACACGACAUUCAGCUCCUCCGGGAGGUGGUGAACCUGAACCCAUUCAAGGACACGCCACCCACCACGACGUGGGCAUCCAUUUCCAAGAACUUGGAGCACAUGUUCAUGAUCAGCUCAAGACGAUGCCGAGAACGAACAAUACUCAUGCUGGACCAAUAUAUCAAAGGAGAUUAUCCGAGCCUGCAGAGGUUUUGUACAAAGGAAGAGUUCCAGGUGAAGGAACACCUUCUGCAAGACGUCCUUCGCCAAUACGAAGAGGGUGCAGGCGGCUACAGCUCUAGGAUAGGCGGCGGUAUUGUGUCCGCUACAGUGGCAGCGGCGGAAGAUGAUAACGAACCCGACGACGAAGACUUCGACUUGGACAAAAUCAGGCCGAGGGUCAUCCUGCACGAGGAGUCAACGCCAGAGCACUACGGCAGCAGGCAAGGUAGUGGCAGUGAGCACGAUCAAAACGGCAACCCUUGCAAACGACCACGACUAGCGGACGAAGACUGCCUCCUGGAGGACAUCAUGGCCGCGGCCACACACGAUGGCCGACCUGCCGACUUUCCAACGCAGGUCAUCUCCUUUCUGCUCACUAGACAAGCCAAAGAAAUGAAGGUUAGAGAGAAAGAGCUGAAACUUCGGCGGGAGGAGUUGGACCUGGAGAAGGCCAAGCUGAAACUCCAGGAAGACCGGCUCGCCCUCGAAAGAGCACGCUUUGAAAUCGAGCGGCAAGAACGAGAACUACGGCUCCGGUCUGAGAAGCAAGAGAGGGCUGUGUUCAUGGAAGUCAUCAAGAAGGUGAUCAGUAUUGGUCAGGAGUCUUGAGUAAAGGCACGACGAGGUGGUUUAAGUACAAAGCAGUGAAGUCACGAAUUUGUGUGUUCGUCCUCAACGACUCGCAUUAUAUUCACUAAAUAACUUGGAUCUCAAAUAACUACGCAUUUCGUUUGUUCUUUUUCUUCUUUCUCUUCUUUCGUUCUUUCUUUCUUUUUUUUUUUUAUCGACGAAGCUGUGAAGAUGCCAUGUAAAGUAUUUAUAUGUCUGAUGGCUUUUAUCUUUUAGCUUUGUCCAAGGCGAGGCAGACGAACUCUUGUGAGGUAUGUGCUGUACUGCAGUGAACAUGUAGAGCUAGAGCUGUAUUGAGUUCUGCUUGUCGUCGUGAUCAGUUGCGAUGAUGCUGUACUGAAUUCUGUAACGACACUUUCGUGGAUACGGGGAACUCGCUAUCGAUAGAAUGCAUCGAAGGCAUAGAAGCACAAGGCUCUUAGAUACAAAUGUACUACCAGUAUAUUCGACACCGACUUCGGCAGAGCGAUUGAGCGUGCUCCUGGCAGAAAUGCAUGAUCCUUGAAACAUGCGUGCAACGAGCUUCAAGGUUAGGCCAUAAUUAAGUAUUCAGACCUUCCCCGACUUGCAUUCGUUUCCCAUGUUUGUUGUUCUGAGUUAACUGAAUGGUUCUCACAAGUGGGCAUCAAGUGCGUGACAUCUUCCGUUGCCUUUACUGGCUUCGGCGGUUGCUGUGAACUUCAAUGCUAAUGAAGACACUUAUAAAACCUCUGUCAUACGGGCAGUCUUCGAUGAUCGUUGAAACCAACGGCCAUUGAACAAGCGCGUAGCGCGUGUAACGUGUCAACUCCGCAAAGAGCAUUGGGUCCAAUGCUCCCUAACAGGUUGACACAAGGCACGCUAGAUGGCGCUGGGCGCAUGUUCAGUUUCCAAUGGUUUCAAUCAUGAUUGAAGACUACCCGUGUGACUGAGGUAUCAGAUGUGUUAUACGGGUUAAUGUGAUCAUAUCGCUGCAGACGUGGCAUCUGUUCCUAGACGUUUUGUGUAAGUUAAGAGCGAAGGCGUGUCGCUGCUCGUUCUGUGCGUUCUGUGUACAAUGUGUGUGUGUGUGUGCGUGUGUGGUUCGAGGAAGUGACGUUGGACUCCGACAACGUUUCAGCUUUCCAUAGUUCAAAUUAAUUUUAACGUGGAAGGAAAGUCACGGAAGCUGUGUUCGCGGUUGUGAUAAAUAAAAGUUAUUCUAUUUAA